UUUGUUAAAUACAUACAUUCAUAAUAAUUUUAUUGUAACUAUAAUUUUACAAAAUAUAAAAUGAAAUAAGUUUCCCGUGUUCCCCAAGUAUUCCCUAUGUAUUUUCAAUACUGUUACUCUUAGAAUAAUAGUAAAAGAUGCGAAAUUUAUGAAUAUUAUGUCAGUUCUGUGUCUAAAAAAUGGCAUGGGAUAUAACUGAAGAUUUCGAAUAUGUGAUAACAAAGAAGGAACCACCUCGGGUAUGCUUUGGGACGGGGUUGCCGCGAGAAGUGCUGCCACAAUCUGGCCCCUGUUUAAAUCCUUUUAUGAGACGCAUCGUUAGAGAGAUUCAACCAAAUGUGGGUCCGGCCUCUUAUAAUGAAACUCGAGACGCAUUUUCACGAGUAACACAAAGGAUAUACAGCAAGCUAUAUUACGGAUCAAAAACACCACGUUGGAAGGAAAAACACGAAUAUCAACCACCGCCGAGGGAAAUACUACCUGAAAAGCCUAUCCCGAAAAAUUGUGCCCCAUUCAAUUCCCUCUCCAAAAGACAACCAUUGUUCACACCUAAAGAUUAUCCCGCACCCUGCGACUACUAUCCUGAAUGCAAAAGAAGAACAUUAAAUUUUGCCUAUAGUUUCACUGGAAAAAAAGCAUUAAGAUGCGCGGUUGAGAUUAAAUGUGUACCGUACAACUUGGAUGUUUGUGCAGCCUGUGGACGUUCAUGUUCCGCUCAGGGUGACUAUUGGCAAUACGAAAAUAGAAUCUUCCUUUGCAGGAAACAUUAUUCCAGAUUUUUCACACAUUGCCUAGCAAAGUUUCAGGGUUAUAAACUCGCUGAAUUCAAGCCAAUCCGAGAUUGUUUUUUUGCGCAUGCCCAUAACAGUUGCAAGGCCGCAUUAAAGAUUAUGAAAGUUCAAGAAAUACAGAAAAAACUCCGAAAAGAGGCUUAUUUAGAUCUAUACUUCCCUCAGAGACGUCAAUGUAGUAAUCAUUAGAAAUUCAAACUGAUUCAAACCUCAAUGAUUUUUUUCACAUCUUAUUUUAAAUAUAGUUUUAAAUCUGUUGUUA